GACGUGGCGGCCACACUGAACCACUGACACUGUCUCUGUCGCUAAACUCCAAAUCUUGACACUUCACACCUUUUGUUUUCUCUGGAUGCAUUGCCCCUUCCUCUCUCUCUCUAGCCAUACAAAUUCAUUGCAAUUACCUUUCCUUUUUAUUUGCUUCCCUUUCUGAUCAGACUUUCACUUCAAAGAAUCUCCUGCAGUUUUGGGCGUGAGAUCUUCCAGAUUCCCCACCGGAGUUGUGAUUAAUCAUGUCCAAGGCGGGAACACUGGAUCUGGCAUCUGGCGUCGGCGGAAAGAUCCAAAAAGAUGAUGUUCUCUCCGCUGUGGACAAGUACGAGAAGUAUCAUGUUUGCUAUGGAGGUGAUCAGGAAGAUAGAAAAGCCAACUACACUGACAUGGUCAAUAAGUACUAUGAUCUAGUCACAAGUUUCUAUGAGUAUGGAUGGGGAGAAUCAUUCCAUUUUGCACCCAGGUGGAAAGGCGAAUCUCUUCAAGAGAGCAUCAAGCGGCAUGAGCACUUCCUUGCUUUACAACUUGGCCUGAAACCAGGACAAAAGGUAUUGGACGUAGGAUGUGGAAUUGGGGGACCAUUAAGAGAAAUUGCUCGCUUUAGCAAGACAUCAAUCACAGGUCUCAAUAACAAUGAAUACCAGAUUUCUAGGGGAAAGGUGCUAAACCGGAUUGCUGGACUGGACAAGACUUGUGACUUUGUGAAAGCAGAUUUCAUGAAGAUGCCAAUCCCUGACAAUAGCUAUGAUGCAGUGUAUGCAAUUGAAGCGACUUGCCAUGCCCCAGAUGCAGUUGGCUGCUAUAAGGAGAUAUACAGGGUACUCAAACCUGGCCAGUGUUUUGCUGCAUACGAGUGGUGCAUGACUGAUGCUUACGAUCCUAAUAAUAAAGAACAUCAGAAGAUUAAGGCUGAAAUCGAACUAGGUAAUGGCCUCCCUGACAUAAGGCUGACAAGCCAAUGCCUUGAAGCUGUCAAGAAAGCUGGUUUUGAGGUUGUGUGGGAGAAAGAUCUUGCAGUGGACUCACCUGUUCCAUGGUACUUGCCCAUAGAUGCAAGCUACUUCUCUCUCAGCACUUUUCGCCUGACGGCACUUGGUCGUUUUUGUACGAGAAAUCUGGUGGCUGCUCUGGAAAAAGUUGGAGUUGCCCCUAAAGGAAGCCAACGGGUUCAAGCUUUCUUGGAGAAGGCUGCAGAAGGACUUGUUGAUGGGGGAAGGAAAGAGAUUUUCACAUCUAUGUACUUCUUCUUGGCUCGCAAGCCCCUCACGGAGGCUGAGUAAAUCUGCUGGUGAUGGUAGGUGUGUGCCAUUUGCCUCCCCAGUUAAGUUUGGUGGAUUCGAGAAUGCUAAACUUGUUUGUUUUAUUGUAGUGUUAACUACAAAACUAGUUAGUUUUUGACAAACCUGUGUUUUGGGUUCGCUUGCGCCCCUUCCUGUACUUGAUGUUUCAUCACUCUGAUUUAGUAGAAGGCUUCAAAACUGCAA